AUGUCUUUGAUCUUGUCGUCACUUUGCGGCACAGUGAACACUUGCCCGCAAUGUGACACCACCAAUGUCAUCCAUGUCUUUUCUCAGGACGAAGUCCAAUACGUUGGAGUGUCGAAUGAUGUCGCAGAGACUGUGAAGGUAGACGUGCCCUGCUUUGAGCUCGAGCGUGCCUCUUUGUUGGGCACGCUUCGAGAGCGCCUCUCCCAACAAGGCCUGGAGCUCGAGGACAUGCCCGACACCACUAGUCAGGACUUCCUCCGAUUGUGCCUUGACACGAGCAAAGCUGCAGAAGGCAUACCGACAAGAGAUGAUGUGCCGGAGGAUUUGCAAGGGUGUCGCACCGAGACUGGACGGUGCACGGAGUUACGUCUCACGGAGAUUUCGGAAGCAGCUAGCGUCAACAUGUGGCAGAGGCAGUUUUUCGGCCCAAGCGCUGAAGGCGCAUGGGCCGAGGUGGACACGAACCCGUACUGGCGAUAUGUCCUCCAUUCAAUUGGAUACUUCUUUUCGGGGGCCCGGCCUCCCGGCCUGCACAUGGAGCUGACGAUUCUCGACUACUUGGGCUUGCCCGAAGGCAGCAUUUUGUCCGUGCGUUCGGGACCCACCCGGCGCCAGAGUCCCUUGCCCUGCUCAGCGCCCUUCAGGCUUCCGCCUGGGCCAUGGCCCUUGCGGAUAGAUGUGCUUGGGCUUCUAGGGAAGUCUUCUUCGCACAUCGUUUUGACCUCCGGGGAGAACGGCUUGUGUAGGCUGCCCUUGGAAGGCAAGGAUGGGCGGCCGAUGAGCGUGACCUUUCAGGUCUGCACGGAGAACGGUCCCAGGCCGAAGACCUCACCGAGUUUGAGUCGGCGGCUGGAAGACGCGGCUCCGGUGAAGAAGAGGGAUGCCGAAGCAGAUGCGAGAGCCUACCUGGACACUCACCGACUGCACGAGUUCAUGCAUGGCCUUUUCGAGCUGCUGCUUCGGGAACGCCCAGAAGAUCCCUACAGCUUCAUGGCCACGCGCUUUCGCCAGGCCGCCGCCAUGGAAGCUCAGUCCGAGGGCGCAGGGCCGGGAAGCGGCUUGAAGGCCUCGAGGAGCUCCGUCUCGACGGCACCCACCAGUGCCACAUCCCUGAGCCUGUCCUCUCCGACGCGAGAUUCCAGCUUGGCCGCGACCACGCUCUCGGCCAGCUUCGGCGAGGUGCCCGAAGGCGCCUUCAAGGUCUGGGUUCGGAGCAUGCGCGGCCGCUCCAUCGCGAAGCUGGUGGUGGGACCCAAGGAGAAGGUGGGUUCUCUAAAGCAGCGGCUGCCCGGUGCUGCCGCCUCCUCGCAGCUGCUUUGGCUUGGGGAGAUGCUGCCGAACGACUCCACGCUGGAGGAUUGGUUUGUGGAGCCCGGCCUUGUGAUGCUGAACGUGGUCUCGUCGCAGAAGGAGCCCAAGGUUCGGCACAUCCUCUCCGGAGCCAGCGAAGGAGGCAUCAGGCUCUGGAAUCCCGCCAAUGCAGAGAAGGUGCAGGACAUGACUCCCCUCGUGCAGUCGGCAAUCCUGGCGAUGGUUGCUUGCUGGGAGAGGAUGCGUGUACUCUGCACAACUUCCGAUGGGCGCAUGCAGCUAUGGGACCUCAGUGAGGGCACCUGCCUGAACAGCGUCGUCGCGCACCAGGACGAGGCCGGCUGUGUCGCUGUGGACUGGGCGACGGAGCAGGCAAAGCUGAGCUGA